AUUGUAGUUACCGAGGCCCAAGUUCAUCAGCAACAAAAUAACGUCUGCUAAAACUCAACGAUCAACCCAAUUCUCAGAUAAUAUCAAGCAACUUCAGAUCAAACUAUAAUGUCGACCGACGACGGCAAGCGGAAAUCGGUCCUAAUCACAGGCUGCACCCCUGGGGGAAUAGGGAAUGCUCUUUGUCGCGAGUUCCAAAAACAUGGCUUGCGCGUAUUUGCAACAGCUCGAGAUGCUAAAUCGCUGGAUGACCUGGCCACUCUGGGGAUCGAAACGUUGAGUUUGACUGUGGACGAUGAAGAUAGCGUCCAGCUGUGUUUUUUAGAAAUUGAAAGGAGAUUGGGCGAUAAAGGGCUAGACUAUCUGGUGAACAAUGCAGGUCGCAAUUAUACGGUCCCUGCUGCAGAGGUCAAUCUCUCUGACGUGCGCGCCACGUUCGAUGUCAACUUCUUCUCUGUUGUUUACAUCUGCAAAACUUUUGUCCCAUUACUCGUCCAGGCAAAAGGUACUAUAAUACAAAUUGGGUCGGUCGCUGGGGUUAUUCCCUAUGUGUUUGGAUCAAUAUAUAAUGCAUCAAAAGCCGCCCUCCAUUCCUACAGCGACACCUUGAGAGUAGAGCUAGCUCCAUUCGGUGUGAAUGUCACUACUGUCAUUACUGGUGGUGUUGAAUCGCGCAUUGCACGCGUAAAGCGAACCCUGGCGCCCAACUCCAUCUAUGCUCCAAUUGAAGAUCAAUAUACGCGUCGCGUUUCCCACAGUCAAGAUGGCGCGAUGUCUCAUACCGCCUAUGCCCAGAGUGUCGUUGCCCAGGUUCUAUACGGAGCUGCGCCGUGGCGUUGGAUUUGGCCCUGGGCACGAGGACGAAAGAGUUGGAUUUGGGAGGGGAACAAGAGCUGGCUGAUCUGGCUCCUGAUGGGUGGAUGGGCUUGGACUGGUCUCACACAUACCGCAAUGACGAGGAUGUUUGGUUUGAAUACGUUGAAGAAGGCCCUCAAAAACUAGCCAUUUUAUAUAGCAUUAGUUCCAGAUACCACGGAUCCUGAAACGUCGCUCUAAAUACGGUUGGUUUGGUUGGAGGCACUUGAAGAUAAUCAAAAGUCAUUCUACCAACAAUUCUCGGGCCUAGAAAUAUCUCAAGCUCCCUGGAUGUCACAUAAAACUGUACCUUAUAAUCGAACAUGGGUGCGCGCCACGGCCACUGCCCCGUUUAAAGUAUUUGCCGUUGCUCAUACCACAGGGAAGGCAUUGUUGCAUGAACGUGGUUUUGCGG